CCUGCGUUGAACCUGCGUUGUGGUAAAUCAUCUCUAAUCAACAUAUUUCUCUCAUAUUCCCCUGUGUCGCGGCCUUUCGUCUCUGCUUCUCUUCUACAUUCGUGACUCUCGUCUUUUUCGGUGCAUUAGACAGAGACUCGACCUCUUACUCCCUACUCAAACCUCUUACACUGUUCAACCAUUUACACUACCAUCUUCCACCACCAUCUCAACAGCUACAAUGUCUGGUCCAGUGUAAGUCCGCUCUCCUCUACCCCCAAGGGCUAUUGAAUCUAGCAAGCUACGCUCAAAUUGACCUUGCUGCUUUGCUGCUCAUGUUCCUGGAAUGUAUCUCCCGAUUGACAAUCACGAUGCUGACUUAGUGCGCGAUUGGCCGGCCUCAAGGUCGGUCCUGCGCAGUCCGAGCCCAGUGGUGAUUUCGGUCUCAUCGGCCUUGCGGUCAUGGGUCAGAACUUGAUUCUGAACGCAGCUGAUCACGGUUUCACUGUCGUUGCCUUCAACCGAACUGUCUCCAAGGUCGAUCGCUUCCUGGAGAAUGAGGCCAAAGGCAAAUCCAUCGUUGGAGCUCACUCUAUUGAGGAGUUCUGUGCUAAGCUCAAGAAGCCUCGUCGUAUGAUGCUCUUGGUCAUGGCUGGUCCUGCUGUCGACGACUUCAUUGAGAAGCUCCUCCCCCACAUCGACGCCGGCGAUAUCAUCAUCGAUGGUGGAAACUCCCACUACCCCGACAGCAACCGCCGAACCAAGUACCUCGCCGAGAAAGGAAUCCGCUUCGUCGGUACUGGUGUCUCUGGUGGUGAAGAGGGUGCUCGUUACGGUCCAUCCCUGAUGCCUGGUGGAAAUGAAGAAGCAUGGCCAUACAUCAAGGAUAUUUUCCAGAGCAUUGCUGCCAAGUCCGAUGGUGAACCAUGCUGCGACUGGGUCGGUGACGAAGGUGCUGGCCACUACGUCAAGAUGGUCCACAAUGGUAUUGAAUAUGGUGACAUGCAGUUGAUCUGCGAGGCCUACGACAUCAUGAAGCGUGGCCUGGGUAUGAGCUACGCGGAGAUGGGUGACGUCUUUGCGGAGUGGAACAAGGGCGUCUUGGAUUCUUUCCUGAUCGAGAUCACUCGCGAUGUCCUCCGUUUCAACGACGACGACGGCAAGCCUCUCGUUGAGAAGAUUCUUGAUGCUGCUGGUCAGAAAGGUACCGGUAAAUGGACCGCCAUCAACGCCCUCGACCUCGGUAUGCCCGUGACUCUCAUCGGUGAAGCUGUCUUUGCCCGUUGCUUGAGUUCCAUCAAGGAUGAGCGUACCCGUGCCUCCAAGCUUCUCUCGGGACCAACCCCCAAAUUCACUGGAGACAAGGCCACUUUCCUCAAGAACCUCGAGCAAGGCUUGUACGCUUCAAAGAUUAUCUCUUAUGCCCAGGGUUUCAUGUUGAUGCAGACUGCGGCUAAGCAAUACGGCUGGAAACUCAACAAGCCAUCCAUCGCCCUUAUGUGGCGUGGUGGUUGUAUCAUUCGAUCCGUCUUCUUGAAGGACAUCACCUCAGCCUACCGCCAAAACCCUGAUCUCGAGAACUUGCUCUUCAACGACUUCUUCAACAAGGCUAUUCACACUGCUCAGCCUGGCUGGAGAGACGUUAUUGCCUUUGCUGUUCAAUCUGGCAUUCCCAUGCCUGCAUUCAGCACCGCCUUGGCCUUCUUCGAUGGUUACCGCACCAAGGACUUGCCUGCCAACCUUCUCCAGGCUCAGCGUGACUACUUUGGUGCCCACACUUUCCAGAUCAAGCCAGAGUAUGCCAACGACAAGUUCAAGGUCGGCGCUUACACUCACGUCAACUGGACUGGCCGUGGUGGAAAUGUCUCCGCCUCUACCUAUAACGCAUAAACAAUCAUGUCAACCAUUUGUCUUUUGUCUCGGAUGAUGGGACAAACAGGCUUUGGUGAAAAGGUGACGGGCUUGGACAAACAUUCAUGGUUGAAAGAUGGUGCCGGUUAUAGUUUUGAACCAUGACUGACUGGUCGGGCAUGUAACCUCUCACUGCCCACACAAUAGCUAGAAAUUGCAUUGAAAAGUUUUCGGUGCAGAAUUUUUGGGGAGUAUGUAUGCAUGGUGUGGAUGAUCAAAAGGUCUUCUAUGCUUUGAAACAAGACAAUGAUACUCGUUCCAACUAGAAUAA